UCUUCCCUACACUGGUGGAUGAAACAAGAGAACUUAUUGAGGGGGGUGCCCUUCGAGACACCGCAACCUUAAAUAACGAUCACGACGGAUACCUCACUGACGGGCUGGGGGACCCAUCUGAAUGAACACAAGGCACAAGGCUUGUGGUCUCCACUAGAGAAUUGAUAUCAUAUCAACUAUCUGGAGUGCCUAGAGGCACACAAGGCACUUCAGGCAUUCGAAAACCUCAUAAUGGGUCAAAUUGUCCAAUUUCAGAUGGACAAUACGACCACCUAUGUGAACAAGCAAGGGGGCACAGUGUCCAGAUCGCUAUGCAACCUCAGUCUAUGGAUCUGGAACUGGUAUAUUCCCAAGGCCAUCCAUCUCAUAACAAUACACAUCAAGGGGACGCAAAAUUGCUUGGCGGAUUCUCUGAGCAGGGACAUGAUGGGAGACGGAGUGCUCCUACAGCACGCAUAAGAGUUGAAUCCCACAAUCUUAAAGCAGCUCUUCCGGUCGUGGGGAACAGCCCAAGUGGAUCUGUUUGCGAUGACACAAAACAGGAAUUGCAACCAGUAUUGCUCGGGAUUGGGACAGGGGGCAUUAUCCAUAGGAGAUGCCUUUCAACAUCAGUGGACCCAAGGUGUGUUUUAUAUUUAUUCUCCGAUCCCGCUUCUAAACAAGGUGGUCGCCAAAUUGCUUCAAGAACAUACACAGGCAAUUGUAGUUGCUCCUUGGUGGCCAAGGCAUCCUUGGUUCACGCCACUACUCAAAAUGUCCCAAGGGAUCUACAGAAGGCUCCCUUGGUGGCCAGAUCUGAUUACGCAGGACCAGGGCCACAAGCUGCACCCAGACUUGUCAACACUGGGUCUGACGGCAUGGAGGAUAGGUUUCUGAAGAAGAUCCUGCUCAACACUAGAAAGUCAUCCACCAGGCGCAGCUACAGGGCUAAGUGGUGUAGAUUUUGCAGUUAUGCUGCCACCCACGAUUUCCAACCUAGGCAGGCAAGCCUCAAGGAUGUCCUACUCUACCUCACCAGCUUGAAGAAGAGUGGACUAGCUAAUGUCUCCAUAAGAGUUCACAUGGCUGCCAUUUCUGCCCGACAUAGUGGGUGGGAUGACAAGAUUGUGUUCACUCACCCGAGAUGUAAAGAUUUCCUUAAGGGUAUCAAUAACCUGUAUCCACCAGUCAGGCCACCAACAUUGAAAUGGAGUUUGUCACUAGUCCUUGCGGCUCUUACUGAGUCUCCAUUUGAGCCACUGGCAAAGGCAACUGUAAAGCUAACGACCCUGAAAACCCUGUUUCUGGUGGCCAUUACUACUGCAAAAUGUGUCAGUGGGCUUAAGGCUCUCCCAUAUGAUCCCUAUACUAAGUUCUACCCUGACCGUGUAGUUAUGCGUUUGGAUCCAGACUUCCGGCCAAAGAUAUUGACGGACUCUCACUUGAAUGCAGAUAUUGUGCUGCCAACCUUUUCCAGGAACCCUUCCACUCACCUUGAACGCUCGAUGCAUUCACUGGAUGUACGUAGAGCUCUGCUGUUUUACCUAAAGGCUACUCAACACUUCCUCAAGACGAAACACCUCUUUAUAUGUGAACAAGGCAAACAUAAGGGGCUUUCGCCGAGUAGACAAAAGCUCUCUUAUUGGCUGGUGGAGCUGAUUAAGCUAGCUUAUGGCCUAUAAUGUGUGGCUCCGCCUCGGACCAUACGGGCACAUUCCACCAGGGCAUAUGCCACCUCUGCAGCGCAUCUCGCGGGCAUUAGUUUUAAAGAUAUAUGCACUGCUGCAACCUGGGUAUCACACCACUCCUUUGUCAAGCACUAUGCACUGGACCUCUGCACAGCAGCAGCAGCGGAAUUUGGACGGGCAGUUUUGAAACGAGUUCUCCAAUAGCUUGUGCCACCCGCCGCCAUCAGGGAAGCUUGUGAUUCACCCAAUGUUAUGGAUGUCUGGAACCACUAUCCAGAUGAGCAGGUUGCUUACCUGUAACGGAGGAUCUGGUAGUGGUUCUAACAUUCAUAAAUCCCGCCCGUCCAUCCCUGCUACAGCACAAGCGGACUACACCACAAGCAGACUACUCCAGGCCUACUUAUGGACGUAAUGACUUAUGAGGUAGGUGGUCAUCAAGAAACUGAGUAAGAGGACGCCUAACCACCUCUAGAGGGUGCUGUAGUCACGUGCACAUGGCAGUUAUAGGCGUCGCGAGGAGCUGAAGAAUUCCAACUGAAGCUGGUCUGCGCAGGCGCAGAAACCCAAUGUUAUGAAUGUCUAGAACCACUUCCAGAUCCUCUGUUACAGGUUAGCUGAAUGAAGCCAAGCAUGGCAUCUAACAGAGACAGCAGUCAACAUGGCUCUUGACUCAGUUUCUGCCAAACAUUUAGCAGUGCUCAGCUUUUGACAUGUAAUACUGGGGGAUUUAAUAAAGGUCUCCGCAAAACA